AUAUAACACACCCACGGCUUGUGCACACACAUGCACUCUCGCCCUCUUCCUUUCUCUCCAAUGCACAUAUUUCGUGCAAGCUGCAAAGCAGCUGACCUUACAACAAAGCUGCACACUGCACAGAGGAGAGUGGGGUGAAAUGAGAGGAGAGGUGACAGCUCUUAGACAGUUAGCAGUGUGUGACUAACUCUCCUGGAAAAAGUCUGCAUGACAGGAGCAGUGGGAGGGACGAUAGGGACAAUAACUACAACAACAAAGAGGAAAAACGCUUCCAACAACAAGGACGGUGGAGGAUUGCUGCCGACACACAAGUGAUGUGCUCCUUUGACUUCGCAUUUGACACCAUGGGACGUAGUCGACAGCUAGUGAAGGAAUGAAGUUCACAUGGACUGACCCAUGGAGACAAGGAGCUGGAGGCUGCGCUCUGUGAAAAGCUCAUCUUUGCCCAAUUUCUGAAUAUCUCACAAAAGCGUCAGCGGUGCAGUUUUCACCUUGUUUCAGGACUGUCUGCUGCGACUGCCAUGCCCCUGUUCAGCUGGAUGAAAUGGUCCCAUGAAACAAGAGUAGAGGCUCAGGAAGAAGCGGCAAUUCUAAAGACCUCGGGGGUCGUACCGAGUCGCAUUUUGAUCAGAGAGCUCUUGUGGCAUGUGGAGGAACAUGAGCGGCUGGCGAGGGAACUGGAGCGGGAGCACAGGCUGGCCCACAGCGCCCUGGGUCUCCAUUGGUUUCAGAAGUACCCCAGGUUACGGACCCUCAUCCCCACAUCGGAGCUACACCAGCUGGAGUUCCUGUGUGCCCAGAUUCCACCUAUCCACGCUGCCACCGUGCUCUCGAGGUUUCGUGAGGUGCUUGCCACUAACAACAUAAGGCCCUGGGAGCUGGCGUCUGUCUUCAAGCAGGUGCUGAGGGACUUCUUGAACCAAAGGGAAUAUGAUGAAGAGGACGACUUCUCAGUGCAGCCGGCACAGCUCCGACCAAUGGAGGCUUGGACCAGCCGCUACAUAAUGAAGCAGGGCUUUGUCACACCCACCGUCCCCAACUGUGGAGACCACUCAAGGGAGGAGAUCCCAACAAUAUCUGGAUAUGUGGAUCGGGUCAUGCGGCACUCAGGUUCGUUCGCAGGUUCCAACAGGGAAUGGGACCUUCCGUAUUACUAUCCAGUUCCUCUCAGGCCCUCGGGGACGUACAGCACUACACUGUGAGAGGACACACUGCCGUGGAAAAACAGUUAUCACAUCCGCAGCACGGAGACAAGAUGCAAAAAAUUCAUUAUUUGUAUUAGUUGCAGAUAUCAUAGCUUGUGACCAAAAUUGUGAAGACGACAUUAGGCUAGGCGGACAAUGUUUCAUUGCAAUAACUAGUUUGUUACCUGCUCUUUUUAAUCCCUACUUGAUAGACUGACAUUUGGGCAUGUAUUUCAAAGGUGUAUUGUCAGAUGGUGGGGGUGAUGUCAUAAGGACACAGGAUGUGAAGACAUGCGUGACGACCUGGACCAAUGGGUCCCAGCCAGGGUCGGAAAUUAGCACCAGCCACCAGAUACCAGCCAAAUGCUGGUAAAAUAUGCAAGUGGCUGCUAGACUUGCUUCACUCACCUGCCUAAAAACAAUGGUAAUCUAUUGAGUGGCUAGAUUUUGGAAACCACCAGCAAAAAGUUAAUUUCCAACACUGAUCCCAGCCUUUGUGGCUUGUGAGUCUUUAAAGUGAAGCUACGUCUACUAGCGACUGCUUGUCACAGGCUGAAAAUGUCAAUGAGUUUCGAACAGUUCAACCAAAGAGUGAUGUUCCCUUCUCAGAUUGUUUCAUCUUAACAGGUUUUAGAGCCCUAAAGAGGUGAAACUAUCAAGUAUUUAACAAUAAAGAAAAGCAGAGAUUAUAACAUUAA